CAAGAAGUUCAGCCGAAUGAGAGAACAGAUGGGAGCCUAGAGUUGCAGAGUAGAAGCCAAUAGCAGGCAACAAAGAGAAUAAAAAGGGAACUUUGCUCUCUUAAUUUAUUUUUUCUCCUUCAUUUCCCUUCUGCUCUCCUCUCUUUCCGUGAUCGUUUUGGGACCACGUUUCCUCCUAGCCAGACCAUUUUUGCUCGCUUUGGGUAUUUUUUGUUGUUGGCUUUUUUUUGUUUUGUUUUUGUAAUUUAUUUGCUUUUUCAAAGUGGUGCCUGCGGCAAGAAAUCAGUGUCAAAGCCAAGUGACCUGGGAGCUUUUUUGGAGGGCAGGAAGCUACAAGCCGUCUUGGGCGCUAAGCUGAUCUUCCUUCUCUUCUUAUCGAGGGGGGUCAACGGGGCUGCAGGUCUUCCCACUCAGGCAGGCGGGACCCGGUUGGGCUCGACCCUCUGUUAGGUGGGGGGUGCGCGAUUGGGGCUUGAGCCUUCUGCGCUGAUCCCAGCCCAUUCCGCGGCAGGGCUCUGUCCGGGUCUCUCCUUUUUCCUUGUGCCUGCUGCUCCCCCCUCCUGUGGUAGGGGGGCGGCUCUGCCCUGGGCUAGGUGCGUGUGUGGCUGCGGCUCUGUCCCUCUCUCCGCUCCUCGUCCCCUCUCCAACUCCCCCUCCCCCUUCCCCGGCGCUUGUUGCUAUGGUGUCGCGGCUCUGCGCGCUGUGGACAGUGGCAGCGCUGGCGCUGCUGAGCCGGAGGGCGGCGGCGGUGGGGCCGGUGGUGCGGUGCGAGCCGUGCGACGCGCGGGCGCUGGAGCAGUGCAAGCCGCUGGCGCCCGAGUGCUCCGAACUGGUGCGGGAGCCGGGCUGCGGCUGCUGCCUGACUUGCGCCCUGCCGGAGGGGCGCCCGUGCGGGGUCUACAGCGAGCGCUGCGGGAGCGGCCUCAGCUGCCAGCCGCGCCGAGGGGAGCUCCGACCCCUGCAGGCGCUGCUGGAGGGCAGGGGGCUUUGCACCAACGUGACCACGGGCAGCAAGCUGCGGACCUUCCUGCUGCAGGGACCACAUGGGCCAGGAAAUUCCAGUGAUUCAGAAGAAGACCAGAAUGCCAGUAGCAUAGAGAAUCAGGCCAUCCCUAGCUCUCCCAGGGUGUCAGAUUCCAAAUCACAUCCACCCCACACCAAAAUAGAUAUCAUCAGGAAAGAACAAGCCAAAAAUACUCAGCGCUACAAAGUGGAAUAUGAUUCACAAAGUACAGAUACACUGAAUUUCUCUUCUGAAUCCAAACAAGAGACUGAAUAUGGUCCCUGCCGUAGAGAAAUGGAAGACACAUUAAAUCACCUAAAGAUCCAGAAUGUCUUGAGUCCAAGAGGUUUCCAUAUUCCAAAUUGUGACAAGAAGGGAUUCUAUAAGAAAAAGCAAUGCCGCCCAUCCAAAGGCCGAAAGAGAGGCUAUUGCUGGUGUGUGGAUAAAUAUGGACAGCCACUUCCUGGAUAUGAUGGAAAAGGAAAAGGCGAUGUCCACUGCUACAACUUGGAAAGCAAAUGAAGGGCAGGUGCCAUCUCCUGUGGAAUCUGUGUGUGGCAUUUUGACCCAUCAGAGACCUUGGAGGGACUGGGGAAAAAAAGCGUGGACUGCAUUGGACUUGGAGUUAUGAGUUCUGCCUCCUACUGAUAUUGGGAGAUUCAUUGACUCUGUGGACUCUUCAGCUGCACCCUGUCACUGACACACUUCCUGCUUUCUACAGAACAUAUAGGGAGCUCUGAAUUCCCAAGUAAAUCUGCACUAUUUAUCCCCAGAAAGAAAAAAAAGGCACUUCAGAAUGGAUUCAGGGAGUCUCCACUGACUUUUUAAAAUAACGGCCUGUGACCAAUUUGAUCCCGAAAGAUACUGUGUUUUAUUUUUAAAGAAUUUAUAGAUUGUAAGCUCAUAAAAAUAUUAAAAAAACAAGGAUUUAAAGUUUAAGCUUUUUUAUACAGGUCUGACGGGAAACUUAUCUUCACGGGUAAAAUGUUUUAUAAAAAUCUCAAAGAACUUUUUAAAGAAACGUGUUUCUAAAAUAAAGACAUGGCUAUUUUUUCUGUAAAGUAUAUUAUGAAUAUUCUGUUAAUCUGUAUUUAAUAUAAUUGUUUUUUAAUAAACUUUAUUUAAAUGUAACGUGAA